AUGUCAACAUGCACAGAAGACCGAGAUGAAAGCAGCCUGUCACGCGACGAGGUUGCCUACAUCACCGCCAUCAUCCAACGAACCGAGAGGGCCAUCCGUGAGAACGACAUCAAAAUUCUAAAGCGGCAGCUGAUCUCCAUGGCCCUAAAGCGCCCAACUCCCCGUCGUUUGAUCCGUGUGGGCAUACGCGCUAGCAUUGCCAACAAGAACUUUGAGAGCUUUGUACUCUUCUUUAAUGAGUUCGUCAAACAGCGCGAGGCAUUUUACAACCAUAUUGAGAGCACGGCCGGAACUGAGGAAGAGCGGGCUGUAAGAGCGGUAGACGACCAGCAAAAAGAGCGCGACCACGACUUUGAGACCUGGCUCUCGAUCUACUUCAGGACCGCGCAGAAGGACGGCUUGCAAGAAGUGGUAGGACAUAUACUCCGCCAUGUCCAGGACGCUCAGUACGGACUAGUCCUAGACAAGGUCUACGACGUCCGUCCUGGGUGCACCAAGUCCGAGACCCUCGUGAAACUGAUGUUCGCCAGCAUCGACCACAACGACCAGCACACGGCCCGAGAAAUCCUAAGAGAGAACUUCCAGUUCAAGGCCAUAACGGGAAUCCUCGAGUACGUCUGGCGCCGGAAACUAACCGCGUUCAUACCCAUGGUCAUCGACAACAUCCUCCUCCCGAACAAGGGCGGCCUCCUCAUGCUCGAGCAAGUGGUAACGCACAACUUCGGGCUGCGCGAGCAUCCCGUUGCACGACCCAUUGAAGCCAGACGCAUGCUAACCAUCGAGCCACCUCUCAAGGAAGCCCUGGAGGAGAAAUGGGACGAGGGCAUCAACCUCCUUCUACCAGCGUACAUCCAGUGCCUGGCUGACGUCGACCGCGGGAACUCCCAGGACUACAACGCUAACAUCCUGAGCCUCGCAACCGUCGACCACCUGGUCCACGCCAUGACCCGCCCCCAGGCAAUCUCGUACCUGGACGUCGACCUCCCGCCCAUCGCGCGCCGCGCCGUCUUCCGACGCCUCCAGGUUCCGGACGGUGGCGACGGCGGGAUGAUUGAGAUCAAGUGCGGCGAGACGAAGUUCAGCGCGCAGCAGGACCUCCUGUGCUACUGGUCGGGAUAUUUUCAGGGUCGGACGCGGCAUGGGUGGCUUGAUAGCUCGGCUGUGGACUUUGGGGACGAUAUUGAUCCGGAGAUCAUGUCGGCUAUUCUGGCCUUCGUGUACACGGGUGAGUAUGAUUACCAGGGAGACCAGGCUGGGCGGUUCAACUUCCUCGUUUAUCUUGGGAAAGUGUCGGAUUAUCUGCUGAUCGACAGGCUCUUGGUUCGUGCGCAGGCUUUGAUGGGGCCCAGGCUUAUGCCGGCGGCUUAUGGGGUGCCUGAUCGGUUUCGGAAUUUCACGUAA